AUGGUUAAUGAGGCAAGAAGUAAUGCAUACAAUAUUGAAAGUGAUGUUUCAGAAUGGUUGAUUCAAGUGGAUAAAAUCAUUGAACGAUCCAACAUGUGGUACAAGAAUGAAAAAGAUAAUGGAUCAAAUGGCAAGUAUUUUUCCAAUAAGCUUAACUUCAUUCAUCAUUAUCAAGUGAGUAAAAAAGCUAAGAAGAUGGUGAAAGUAAUUUCACAAAUCCUAGAGAAAAGAAAGAUGUUUCACCAAGUUGGUUAUCCUGCCCCUCUUCCAAGGAUUAUUGGAAGUGGAAGUUCUACUACUACUCAUGGUUAUGAUCAGAUUUUGGAAUCAAGAACAUCCCUAGCCAAACAAAUUAGGGAUGCACUUGCUGAUCAUAAUGUGAAUAGGGUUGGAGUAUAUGGUAUGGGAGGUGUGGGAAAAACUACAUUGCUCAAACAAGUUACACCAUUAGUAAUGGAAGAAAAAUUGUUUGAUCAAGUGAUUAUAGUGAAUGUAGGUCAAACAUUGGGAGUAGAAGGCAUACAAGCUCAAAUUGGAGAUAAGUUAAGGUUGGAAUUAAAUAAGAAGGUAGAGAGUAAGGAGGGAAGAGCAUCUUUAAUACAAAAUAAGUUGGAGAUGGAAAGUAAUAUCCUCUUGGUGUUAGAUGAUUUAUGGAGGGGACUCAAUCUAGAAGAUAUUGGAAUUCCUUGUAGAUCAGAGUUGUGUAAAAAGGGAUGUAAGAUACUCAUAACAAGUCGAGAUAAAGAUGUCUUAACUAAUGAAAUGGACACGCAAGUUUAUUUUGAGGUGAAACCUUUAAGUGAAAAAGAGUCAUGGGAGUUUUUCAUGAACAUGAUUGGUGGUGAGUUUGAUAAUAAAUGUGUAGAACUAAUAGGGAAAGAGAUGGUGAGGAAGUGUGGAGGAUUGCCAAUAGCACUUGCUACAAUUGUAAAAGCCUUGAAGGGAAAGGAAGAGGCCAUUUGGAAGGAUGCUUUGAAGCAAUUGAAAAAUCCUAUUACAGUGGAUGUCAAAGGAGUGAGUGAUGUAGUGUAUGCUUCACUUAAAUUGAGUUAUGACUACCUAAAAGGUGAAGAAGCUCGAUUACUAUUUCUUCUUUGUAGUGUAUUUCCAGAUGACUAUGAGAUUUCUGUGGAAGACUUACAAAUAUAUGCGAUGGGUUUAAGAUUGUUAAACCAAGUGAAUACUUGGGAUGAAGCAAGAAAUAGGGUGAUUAAAUUGGUUGAUGAUCUUAAAGCUUCCUCGUUACUUCUAGAAUCCAAUUCAAGGGAUAAUCAUGUUAAAAUGCAUGAUACAGUUCGUGAUGUUGCGAUAUACAUUGCAUCAAAGGAAGCUAAUAUGUCCACGUUGAGCUACGGUUUCGGGUUGAGUGAAUGGCAAGAAAAAGAUAGACAUGGAUCUUAUAGAGCAAUAUUUGGAAACUGUCACAACUUUUACAACCUUCCUCAAAACUUAGAGUUUCCCAAACUUGAAUUGUUGAUAUUAGAUGGACAUGAUUGGAGGGGAGAAAAACUUCAAAUUUGUGACCCUUUUUUUGAAGGAAUGAAAGAACUUAAAGUUUUGAACUUGUCAAGGAUGAGUUUUCAAACACUUUGGAGGUCAUCAAUCUACUCCUUAGAGAAUCUUCAAACAUUAUGCAUGUCCUAUUGUACAUUCAACGACAUUGAUGCAAUAAGUCAUCUAAAGAAGCUGCAAAUUUUGAGGGUUGAUAAAUGUUCGAUCACAUUGUUACCUAUAAGCAUGAGUCAAUUGACACAACUUAAGGUAUUACAAGUAUCAAAUUGCCCUUUGAAAGUGAUUCCUCCAAACAUUAUUUCAAGUAUGUUGAAGUUGCAAGCAUUAGAUAUAUGCACAAGCUUCAAUGGAUGGGGAGAAGAAGUAUUAUACAAUAAUAAAUUGAUCAAUAAUGCACGACCUUCAGAGUUAAAGUGCUUAUCUCAUCUUACAAAUUUAAAGUUACAUAUCUUGGACAUCAAUAUUCUCGCAGAUCUAUUAUUUUUUAAAAAUUUGAAGCUAGAAAGAUUUGUUAUCCAUAUUGGUGAUUUGAAAAUGUCUCAAAGAUUACAAGGAUGUGAACAAUAUGCAACAACUUUGAUGCUUAAAAUCAUUACAUCAUCAUCCCAAAUUGUUUCAAUUGAUCAUCAUGAGGUACUUGAAAUACUAUUGAAACAAAGUGAAAAUUUGUGUGUGGAAGGAUCAAUGAUGGUUACAAAUAUUCAUUUCAAACCAAAUAAUGGAAAUAAUUAUCCAUAUUUGAGGCAUCUUACUCUCACUAAAGAUUCAAAGUUGAGACAUUUGAUUGGAAAUGGUUGCUUUGCUUAUUUUCCUUCUUUGGAGUUCUUGUCUCUUGAAAAAAUGGAGAGCUUGGAGAAUAUAGUUCAUGUGCAAGUAUCUACAAAUCCUUUCAGAAAGUUGAGAUCCAUAAAAGUAAUAAGUUGUAAAAGAUUAAGAUAUCUCUUCUCCUUCUCUAUAUUUAAAGGCCUUGUGGAUCUACAAAAGGUUUUUAUAUAUGAUUGCAACAUGAUGGAUGAGAUAUUUUUCAUGGAUAGUGAAGACUCAACAAUUAAAGCUGAGUGCAAUUGUGUUGCAUUUCCACAGUUGAAGGAUUUAACAAUCAUAGGAGCAAAUAAUUUGAAGACGUUAUGGCAUAAAAAUGGGUUGGCUCCAAAUUUCUUCACCAAACUCCAAAGGAUAAGUAUCAAUGGUUGCAACAAUUUAAGAUACAUUUUUCCUUCAAAUGUUGUGGUAGCACUUGUUUCCUUAAACACUUUGGUGGUUGAGUCUUGUUAUUUACUUGAUGGGAUAUUUGAAAUGGAAAACACAAGCAAUUUUAAGCAAAAAGAUGAUGAUGAUGAUGAUGAUGCUCAAGUAAUUCCAUUGGUAGAGGUAAAUUUAAAGCAUCUACCAAAUUUGAAGUAUGUGUGGAACAAAGAUGUUGGCAAGUUUUUGAAGUUUCCAAGGUUAAGAGAUGUCAUUGCUAUAAAUUGUCCUCAGCUUCAGACUCUUUUUCCAGCUUCCUUAAUCAAACAUGUUCACCAACUCCAAAAUUUAGUCGUUCUUGGGAUUCAUAAGAUGUUUUCUGAAGAUGAAACAUCAAAGUCAAUGUUCCAUGAGAUUUUAUUCCCAAGCUUGACAGGUUUGUCAAUGGACACAAAGGCGAUGACGACAAAUUUUUGGCUAACUCAAUUUUCAAAAUCAAGGUCAUUUCCCAAUCUCAGAAAUCUUUCAUUAAUGGGUUCUUAUGAUGAUGAGAUGACCACUUUGCCCCUAGAAAUGACUCAAAUAUUAUACAAUAUUAAAGUACUCAAUGUGAGCUUUGUGUCUCAACUUGUACAAAUAUUCUCAAAUGAAGAGGAAAUUAGUAAUCCUAUUCAAAGAUGUGCAGAUUUGAAGAAAUUAACAUUGUCUCAUCUUCCCAACCUUAAACAUGUGUGGAAGGACAAUAUCCAAAUGACCAUAUUGUUUGAUAAUUUGGAAGCCAUCCAUGUAGAGGAAUGUGGUAAAUUAAAGUGUUUGGUUCCACCAUCGUCAAUCACAUUCUCAAACCUCAAGUAUCUUUCAGUCGAUCGUUGCCAUGAGUUGAUGAACUUACUAUGCUUCUCGAUCGCGAAAAGUCUUUCGAAACUCGAGAAAUUGAGGAUAAGUGAAUGCCAAGGAAUGAGUUCAAUACUUGCAAAAGGAGAGGGAGAAGAAGGAAAGGAUGAAAUUGUUUUCAGCAAAUUGGUUGAGUUGAAAGUUGAUGAUUUGCCAAGACUAGAGAGCUUUUACUUUGGGAAAUGCACAAUUAAGCUACCAUGCUUGAAGAAAUUGAUCAUAAAUAAAUGUCCUGAAGUGAAGCUGUUUUCUCAUGGAAUUAUAAGCACACCUGAGUUGCAAUAUUUGAAGAUAAGACAACAUGACAAAGUUCAAAUAUCACUAAAACAUGAUCUAAAUUUCAUCAUUUACAACAUUUGGUUGGAGGAUGAUUGCAUUAGGAGCAUAAAAUCCUUGUUCACACAAGAGGCUAUAAAUAGCCACUUUGGCGGUGUUUGUUUCAAGGGUUAA